AUGUUGACAUCAUCUUGUACCGACGUCUCGAGCCAGAGCUCCGUCUCGUCCUCCGGCGAGCCAUCCCGCUCGCCUUACCGGCAUCCCCAGCCGGUCUCCUCACUAUCGCUGGGUUUGCAGCGUCCCCGCCGAGAUACGAUGGCGCCCAAAUUCCGCCGCUUCUACUCCAGCCCGGUUGACGAGGGCAUUGACUCGACACCACUAGAGAUGUAUGGCAUCGAACAACGGCCUCCAUCCUUCAUCGAGAGACCAUCAAAACUGCUGCGCCGAGUGUCUCACGCCCUGGAUGAUAUCAAGGAAGACUACUCGCUGCAGCUAGACGUGCGGGCCACCGCCGACAGGCUCAAACGGCGCUCGACUCUGUUCAUGUUCGACGGCAGCAACACCGCCGAAGAUUCGGGCUCGCGCCCGCAGACCUCCAUGACGGCGGGUGCACCACGGUCCCGGCCGAUAUCCAUCAUCUCCAUUGAUGGUUGGUCAUCACAGCCCCGCCGACUGAGUCGGCGCCUGACCCGCCGCAUCUCCAGCUGGCGGCACUCCAAGGCACCAGCACCUCCGACAGCCAGUAUUUCCUCGCCCAGCCUGAUCGGAUCAUCGACCCUUCACCGAGCGGGCCGGAGUCAGGCUUCCUUCAUCUAG